AAAACAAGUCAACUCACUCGAGUCAAGUAGCUUGCCAAAGACUUCCUAACUGUUCGCAAAGAAGAAGAUCAGCUCUUUAGAAAUGGAGGUAGGUAACUUGUUCGAAAGUGUAAUGAGAGGCAACUGGAAUGAAGUUGCUGUAGCCUAUGAGAAUCCUGUUGUUCAACAGCAGAAGAUAACUGCAUCAGAAGAGACAGCCUUGCAUAUGGCUGUACGGUUUGGCAAAACAAGAGUUGUGCGGGAACUAGUGGGAAUGAUUGAAGAAAAUAAUGCAUUCCGAGUCCUGGAGUUAUCUAAUGACAAGGGCAACACGGCUCUACAUCUAGCAGCAGCACUUGGGAAUGUGCCCAUUUGCUAUUGCAUAGCAACAAAAGAUCCCAGUGGCGAACUCAUGAAAAAGCAGAAUUCCAAGGGUGAGACCCCUCUUUUCUUGGCAGCUCUUCAUGGCAAGAAAGAAGCCUUUUCUUGUCUUGACUUUCUUUUCAAAGAAACACAUGGAAAUGCCAUUGCCUAUUCUUUGUGUACAAGAAUCAACGGUGAUACCAUACUUCAUUCUGCUAUUUUUCAAGAACAUUUCAGCUUGGCGUUGCAGAUCAUAAGACUUUACCCAGAUCUUGUGAAUUGUGUCAAUAAGGGUGGUUUCUCUGCUCUACAUAUUUUAGCCAGUAAGCCUAAUGCAUUCGAAAGCUGUAGUCUUCUUGGGCUGCUUGAUUGUUUCAUCUACAGAUGUAUAAGGACAGAUCACCUUGUUCGGAAGGAACUACGAGAGAAUGUAGUCAACCACGCAGUUCUUUGUACUGUGCUUGGGAGCAGUGACAAUCACACAGAAAACUACCGAACAUGCUGUCACUUCCGAAUAAGAUUAAGAGAUGAAGAAAAUCCCCAGGCGGAAGGAUGUGGACACAUUAUCGAGGAUUUCCCUGCAGCUAUGCGUUCUCUUAUGUGUGUUGUGAUAGAUUUUGUUUGUUUUGCAACUCUGGAUACAGUGAACAAGUUGCUGAAGAUAGCUAGCUUCGGACUACUAGACAUGGGACGUGUAAUCUUGCGUGGCAUCUGGAGGAUAGACAGCGUCAAGGAAACCAAGAAGAGACACAAAUUGGCGAUUUACCUGUUAGACAGACUGGUUACGUGUUCUUGGAUGUAUAAGUAUCAUCCUGAUGCAGAGAAUCUUCUUAAUGCAGGAGAUGCAGUCUCUGACAAAAGCUCCUUCUCGAGCAGCAACUGGGCAUUCGAGAACAUAAAUCCUCCUAAUACAAAUGCAGAGAAUCCAGUUAAUCUUGCUAUUGCAAAAGCAGGGGAUCCAGUUAAUCUCCCUAAUACAGCACAUAACGAAUAUCAGGAAAAUGAUUCAGAAGAUGAAGAGAGAAAUACCAAGAAGGAAACUCCCAUUUUAACUGCAGCAAGAAUGGGAGUUCCUGAAGUGGUUAAGAGAAUUCUUGAAGCAUUUCCUGUGGCUUCUUUGGACUUGGACUCUGACCACAAGAAUGUGGUACUGCUAGCAGCUGAGAACAAACGAACUAAAGUUUACAAGCUUUUGCUGGAGCAGAAACAUCUAAAGGAGAGUAUGUUCCUCCAGCUUGACUACCAAGGGAACAGUGCAUUGCACCUUGCUGGGACAUUCAAUGAGAACCUGAUACAAAGUUUUCCGGAGGCUGCAACACAAAUGCGGUGGGAAUUUGAGUGGUACCAGUUUGUGAAGCACUCCAUGCCACCACAUUUCUUUACCCUCCACAACAAGAAGGGCAAAAAUCCAGACGAAAUCUUCACAAAUACACACAAAAAGCUCGUCAAAAGUGGUAGUCAAUGGCUUGUAAAGACCUCUGAAUCAUGCUCAGUCGUUGCAGCACUCAUUGCAACAGUAGCAUUUGCAUCAUCAGCAACCGUACCUGGCGGUUAUGAUGAACGGAAGGGUAUACCAAACCUUGUUGGGCUUUCCGCAUUUAAUGUCUUCGCUAUCUCAUCUCUGCUCGCUCUUUGUUUCUCUCUAACUGCCCUGGUCUACUUUCUGGCAAUUAGAACCUCUGGUUUCAAGGAACAUGAUUUUGCCGUAGACUUACCUAAGAAACUUUUCGUUGGCUUGGCAUCACUUUUUGCGUCUAUGGCUUCCAUAUUGGUCUCAUUCUGUUCGAGUCAUUCUUUAACGGUUGGUGCUAAAUUGAAAUCCUUGGCACUCCCGAUUUAUACAUUCACAGGCUUGACAGUGAUCAUUUUGGCUGUUUUUCAGCUCCCCUUUUAUUUUAACCUUCUGGUAUUUAACUUUUGAGGUUCCUGAAAGUGGGUACUGGUGCUAGCAAUGUUCUUUAUGUACUUGUUUUAUCCUUCCUGAACUUGUUGUUUUGGAAUUAACUUUAUGCAAUGUAUUGUCAAAAUGCAUCAUAUACCAAGAGCAAGUAUUUUUACUA